AUGAAACUAUUGUCAGAGAAAGCCACGUGUAAUUCUCAUGGACAAGAUUCUUCAUACUUUUUAGGAUGGCAGGAGUACGAGAAAAAUCCAUACGAUGAAAUUCAAAAUCCUAAAGGAAUCAUCCAGAUGGGUCUAGCAGAAAAUCAGCUUUCAUUUGAUUUAUUAGAGUCAUGGCUAGCACAAAAUCCAGACGCAGCUGGGUUUAAGAGAAAUGGAGAAUCAAUAUUUAGAGAACUUGCUCUGUUUCAAGAUUAUCAUGGUCUUCCUGCUUUCAAAAAUGCAAUGACAAAAUUCAUGUCAGAAAUCAGAGGAAACAGAGUAAGCUUUGAUUCCAACAACCUCGUUCUUACAGCCGGUGCAACUUCCGCUAAUGAGACGCUUAUGUUUUGCCUAGCUAACCAAGGCGAUGCUUUUCUCCUUCCUACCCCAUACUAUCCUGGAUUCGAUAGAGACCUCAAAUGGAGAACUGGGGCGGAGAUUGUACCAAUACAUUGCUCAAGUUCAAACGGAUUCAGAAUUACAGAAUCCGCUCUUGAAGAAGCUUAUCUAGACGCAAAAAAGCGCAACCUUAAAGUGAAAGGUGUUCUAGUGACCAACCCUUCAAAUCCAUUGGGAACAACACUAAACAGAAACGAGCUUGAACUUCUUCUUACAUUCAUCGACGAAAAAGGCAUUCACCUCAUCAGUGACGAGAUCUAUUCAGGGACUGUUUUUAACUCACCAGGCUUCGUUAGUGUCAUGGAAGUUCUAAUUGAAAAGAACUACAUGAAAACCCGAGUUUGGGAACGAGUUCACAUUGUUUACAGUCUCUCAAAAGAUCUCGGUCUCCCCGGUUUUCGCAUUGGUGCAAUCUAUUCCAACGAUGAGAUGGUUGUCUCCGCGGCCACAAAAAUGUCUAGUUUCGGAUUAGUCUCUUCUCAAACUCAGUACCUUCUUUCAUGCAUGCUCUCCGACAAAAAAUUCACAAAGAAAUACAUCUCUGAAAAUCAGAAGAGGCUAAAGAAACGACAUGCAAUGCUUGUUAAAGGUCUUAAAAGUGCUGGUAUUAACUGCCUUGAAAGCAAUGCUGGUUUGUUUUGUUGGGUAGACAUGCGACAUCUACUAAGUUCCAAUAAUUUUGACGCUGAAAUGGACUUAUGGAAGAAAAUAGUGUACGAUGUUGGCCUAAACAUUUCUCCUGGAUCAUCAUGCCAUUGUACCGAACCAGGCUGGUUCCGUGUAUGUUUUGCUAACAUGUCCGAAGAUACGUUAGACUUAGCCAUGCGACGUAUAAAGGAUUUUGUCGAGUCCACUGCUCCCAACGCAACUAAUCACCAGAAUCAACAACAAUCUAACGCAAAUUCAAAGAAGAAGUCAUUCUCCAAGUGGGUUUUUCGACUAUCGUUCAAUGACCGUCAAAGAGAACGAUAG